AUGGCCAACCUCUCGCCAGAUGAUCGCGUCAUUAUCGCAAAGCAUCCUUUGGACACUCUCGAUCAUUUACGGGAGCCACUUCGAAAAUCAGAGCAGAGCUACAAGCCGGGUUCCCUUUCGUUCGAUGACGCUGCUGACAGUUCCGACUAUGAACCGCAAGAGGCAAUAUCAAAACUUCUGCUUGCUCUAAUGGGUCACAAGGUUGCUUACGACCUUCGCUCAAAGAUCGGAAACGACAAUGUAGCCACUGAGCUCUCCGAGCUUUUCAAACAUGUCCAACGCGGCCGGUACAAUUACGAGCACUAUCGUGCGCUAUCACGACUUGUCGUCAAACAAGCCUCCGAUGUCGACAUCUGGAACGCCGUCUUUGACCUUAUCAUCUCUGUCUCCCGAACAACCCCUCCCACAAGUAUUCCUCCCUCCUUCGAUGGCACUCCCGUCACAAUUUCAUCCUCCUCGCAGCAGGGUGGUGAGCAAACUCAGAAAUUGGUGGAAGGAAGGAUCUUCGAAGAGAUAAGGGGAUGCACAUAUCAGAACGUCGAAGGCUUCUUCUCAAAGCAUUUUGAGGGAAAGCCUUGGACUGAGCGUACGAAGGAAAUAUAUCAAGCCGUGCAAGAAAGACAUGUGGACGGACGGUGGACCGAUUUCCCUCAGACACCAGUACAAAAUGAGGUCUGUAAAUGGUGGUUUGAUUUCCAAGACGAGUUCCUAUCGAGUGAGCGCGGCGUUUACUACACGAGCACCACCAGAGAUCUUAUAGGCUGCGAGGCCAAACGUCAAAUCGAUCUGUUCGUCAAGCCCAGCAACGAAAAGCUGUCGAAGGUAGUGCAUGAUUGGAAAACCGUCGAAGUGAUUGGGGAACUUACGGAGACCGACAAGACGAAGAACAUUACGAAAGCCAAGCUGCUUCAAAUUGCUAGAUACGUCCGCGAUGUGUUCUCCAUUCAGCCGACUCGCCGAUAUGUCCAUGCCUUUAUUCUCCAAGGGAAUAAUAUGCAAGCAUGGGUGUUCGAUCGCUCUGGUCCUUAUAGCUCAACUGCUUUCAAUAUCCAUGAGGAGCCAGAGCGUUUCAUCCGUACGAUUGCAGCAUAUGUGAUGAUGAGCGACGAAGAGUUGGGUCUUGACACUUUCAUUGAGCAAGAUGAUGGUGAUCAGUUUAUCACCGUCGUGGAAGAUGCGACGGGCAAGGAGAGGAGAUUGCAGUUAGACUCGGCUCCCAUUGCCUAUCAACGGGCGAUUGUGUGUCGCGGAACAUCUUGCUUUCGCGCCAAAACUCCCAGCUCCAAGAAUUUUCAAUAUGUCGCUAAAUUUUCCUGGGUUUCCGACAAGCGACGACCGGAAGCCGAACUCCUCAGGUUGGCACGCGAAAGAGGAAUGGAGGGAGUUGCCAAGCUAUUCGGUCACCAUCGCAUCACCAGCAUUGCGGAUAUGCGCGAGGGGUUGACAUUUGGGAAGGCGUACGCUUUUCGGAAUACCACGCUGAGCCCUGCAUCCUCCUUUUCGCAAUCUCAGUCUCUCCUCCCUCGAUCAUUUGGUCAGAUCUGCAGCCUAGACACCGCUGGAGAUUUACCGAAGAAACGAAAGUCGGUCGAUGCUGGAGGCAGCCCGUCCAAGAGAUCAAGGUCUAACAGCCAGAGCCCUAAUAAAGCCAAGCGGGACCGGGAGGUAAACAGCCAGACGACGAGUCUCUAUACCUAUGAUGACAGUUCGUUUGAUAACCGCAUUUUCCGCUGCUUGGUGAUCUCGCCAGCUGGUCGCGCCAUCCGGGAUUUUCGGUCAAUCAGAGAGCUGCUGAAGGCCCUUCGCGACGCAAUCAAGGCGCACAGGUCUUUAUACAUAAAAGGGAAAAUAUUACAUCGAGAUAUCUCAGAGAACAACAUUAUUAUAACAGAUCGAAAGGAAGCAGGUGGCUUUAAAGGCAUGUUGAUCGAUGAGGACCUUGCCAAAGAGAUCGGUAGCGGACGAAGCGGCGCACGGCAUCAGACAGGCACAAUGGAGUUCAUGGCGAUCGAAGUGCUUCAGCGGAUAGCUCACACCUACCGACAUGAUCUUGAGUCAUUUUUCUACGUGCUUCUAUGGAUGUGUGCUCGUCGUACAUGGGAAAGGGAGUUUAACUUCGAUGAUAUUGCGGACGCAAAACGAGGUUACAUGCACGUGGACGGAUUCGAGGACAUCUUGAAUGAGUUUCCAACAUCCUUUGACUGCGUCAAGCCUCUGUGUAAAACGAUACGGGGUAUCCUUUUGCCUUACAAGAACGGUUUGCUCAUUGGGACUCCGCCAGAGCCACCAGAGGAGCUGUAUGAUCCCAUUAUUGAAGCCUUUGAUAACGCUAUAGCCAACAUACCCCCUGGAGAGGAUUCAGAAGAGGAUUCAGAAUAG